UACAAGUUUCGCGCUUUAACCCAUCAUCCCAGCCAGCUGCAGACACAUAUCCACUUUCUUUGCUCUUCCGUUUUCGUUUCCUCUGGGAGACCAAUUAAACCUCCCUUAAACCCCGUUUCUUCCUCCAAGGCCCUCGUCGUUCACAAUCUUAUGCAAUUCCCUUCUAGCCCAUUAGAAGAUGCAAAUUUCUAUGGCCGUUUCGCCUCUCAAAGCUCCUCAAAUUUUUCCAUUUCAUCAACCCAUUUUACGGACACCGAAACCGCAAGGAAUUACUCUCCAAAGUCAUGUGAAUCCUGUAAAUUCCUUCAGAGAUUCGGGUCUUUUAUCUACAAUCGGCGUCGAAGAGGAGUACCGGAGAGCACGGUCACAGGUCAAUCGAAAAGGGGUCGAUUUAGAAGGGUAUUCAAUCGAGGGAAUUUCAGUUGGUGGGCAAGAAACUUGUGUAAUCAUUCCGGAAUUCAAGUGUGCAUUUGAUAUUGGGAGGUGUCCAUCUCGAGCCAUUCAGCAAAACUUUGUAUUCAUCACUCACGCCCAUCUCGAUCACAUUGGUGGGCUACCAAUGUAUGUAGCUAGUCGUGGUUUAUAUAGUUUAAGUCCUCCCACAGUAUUUGUGCCUGCUUGUAUUAAAGAAGAUGUGGAAAAACUACUUGAGAUUCACAGGACUAUGGGCCAGGUGGAGUUGGACGUUGACCUGGUUGCUCUAGAUGUAGGAGAAACAUAUGAAAUGCGUAAUAACCUCGUCUGCAGAGCAUUCAAAACUCAGCAUGUGAUACCAAGCCAGGGUUAUGUCAUUUAUUCGGUUAGAAAAAAAUUGAAGAAGCAAUACAUGCAUCUUAAGGGGAAACAGAUUGAGAAGCUAAAGAAAUCUGGAGUUGAGAUUACAGACACCAUAAUGUCUCCGGAGGUGGCCUUCACAGGUGAUACAACGACAGAUUUUAUGCUUGAUCCCCAUAAUGCCGAUGCAUUGAGGGCGAAAAUUCUUAUAACUGAGGCAACUUUUCUGGAUGAAGCAGUUAGCAUAGAACAUGCACGACAACAUGGUCAUACUCACAUAUUUGAGAUCAUUGAAAAUGCACAGUGGAUUCGAAAUAAGGCUAUUCUUCUUACUCAUUUUUCAUCCCGAUACCAUAUAGAGGACAUCCGUAAAGCAGUAUCAAAGCUGCAGUCAAAGGUAACGGCGAAAGUGGUUCCUCUCACUGAAGGUUUCAAGUCGGUGUAUUAGUGUAGGAUAUGGAUCGAUGGUUACAAAGUGUAAUUAUUUAGCAUCAAAUCAGAGAAAUUGGAACAUAGGUAGCUAUUUCUCUGUAAAUUUAUUCAUGUUUUCUUUGGCAUUAGGCCCUUAGCAACAACUUUACAACCUCAUUAAUAACCAUAGUGACACAUGUUUGAAGCUAUAAUUCAUAUAGAGGUGCAUGCUGGAACCAAAAAAGUCCACAAUUCGGCUCA